AUGUCCAUCAUUCCUAACGAACAAACGCGCUGGGUCCUUGCUAACAGGCCUUUGGCUGAGCUCACGGACAGCACUUUCAGAAAAGAGACAGUUCCUGUCCCUCACAGCUUGGCGGACGAUGAGGUCCUGAUUCGCGUCGAUAUAGUGUCGCUCGAGGCUGGCAUGCGUGGGUGGAUCGAAGAUCGCUCAUUCGGGGUCGGUGAAGUGGUUAAGGGUGGGAAGACUUUUGCAAUUGGGGACGUUGUCCAUGGUUUUCUUGGCUGGCAAGAGUAUGCUGUCCUUAAGGAGUCUGCGGUUCAAAAAGUGAACAUUCCCCUUGGAGGAAAUCCAAUCGAUGAAUUUGGAGCGACGGGCUUGAAUGCCUUAACGGCGUACAUCGGCAUCACCACGGUGGGUCGGCUGAAGCCAGGAGAAACUUUGGUUGUUUCUGGAGCAGCUGGGGCGACGGGAUCAUUGGCUGCGGCUAUCGGUAAAAUUAAGGGUGCUGGUAAAGUAGUCGGGAUCGCCGGCGGGCCCGAAAAGGUGAAAUUCCUGAAGGAAGAGAUCGGUGUGGACCUUGCAUAUGACUACAAGUCAGCCGACUGGAAGGAAAAGUUCGUCGAGGAAGUUGGCCUUGUCGACGUCUUUUUCGACAACGUUGGAGGCGAAAUGUUGGACUUCAUCCUCCCCCAAAUCCGCCGGCUUGCAAGGAUCGUCCUGUGUGGUUCUGUUUCUGCAUACAAUACCGCUGAACCAUAUGGCCUUAAGAAUUAUCCCAAAUUAACGACGCAUGGCGGUAUCAUGCAAGGCUUCGUUUGCCUCAGUUUCGACUACGCGUCAGAGUUCCCGGCCGCAAAGGCGGAGCUGGCUCAAUGGGCCGCCGAAGGCAAGUUUCCACGAAAAUUCCACAUUGUAGAUGGAGGUGUCGAUGUGUUGCCCAAAGCACUUGGCGAUUUAUUCAGUGGCGCCAACACCGGUAAAACGUGA